CGGCUCGCUCGCCUCAACCGGCAACAGACCCAUGGCGGAGCGUGGGGAACUCGAUCUGACCGGCGCCAAACAGAACACCGGAGUGUGGCUGGUCAAGGUUCCUAAAUAUUUGUCACAGCAAUGGGCUAAAGCCCCUGGAAGAGGUGAAGUUGGGAAACUGCGGAUUGCCAAGAAUCAAGGAAGGACUGAGGUGUCAUUUACUUUGAAUGAGGAUCUUGCAAAUAUUCACGAUAUUGGUGGAAAACCAGCUUCAGUCAGCACUCCUAGAGAACAUCCGUUUGUCUUACAAAGUGUUGGAGGACAGACAUUAACAGUCUUUACUGAGAGUUCAUCAGAUAAACUUUCAUUGGAAGGAAUAGUGGUACAAAGAGCUGAAUGCCCACCUGCUGCCAGUGAAAACUACAUGAGAUUAAAGAGAUUGCAAAUAGAAGAAUCUUCCAAACCUGUAAGGUUAUCACAACAACUGGACAAAGUUGUGACAACCAAUUAUAAACCUGUUGCUAAUCAUCAGUACAAUAUUGAAUAUGAAAGGAAAAAGAAAGAAGAUGGAAAACGAGCUCGAGCUGAUAAACAACACGUUUUAGACAUGCUAUUUUCUGCAUUUGAGAAACAUCAAUAUUAUAAUCUUAAGGACUUGGUGGACAUCACAAAACAGCCUGUGGGGUACCUAAAGGAAAUCUUAAAAGAAAUUGGCGUUCAGAAUGUAAAAGGGACCCACAAAAACACAUGGGAGCUGAAGCCAGAGUAUAGACAUUAUCAAGGAGAAGAAAAGAGUGAUUAAGAAGACUCUUAACCAGCAUACUAACAGAACAACUAAA